AUGGCCUCGGUACCUUCCAUCUCAGAAAUUAGACGAAACACGCUGGAAAAUGUUGUGGGCUCCGGCUCGGUGGGCACCACAAUUAACAUCACACCCAAUCAACUGAACGGUUGUCCUCGCGUUGAACAAUCAACAACUGCCUCAACUACCUUUCAAAAUUUAAAUACAUCGGGAGAUAACUAUGUUGCAAAUGCCACAUCGUCGUCUCAUCCCUUUCACAACAAUGUGAACUCAACGUUGUUUUUAGGCUCUGAGUAUCUAGAAUUGGAACUCCCUUCAACACCUGAGCAUGUUAGCUCCUUCAUCUACACAGAACUUCCAUCACUUCAGCACGCCACCUUAUCGACUGUCUCUUCAGACAAUUUUCAAUCGGAUAGCUUUCAGCAUAACACCACAAGCGAUUUCCAAUAUGCAAAUUCUAAUCCUUUGCCGAAUCACCCCUCGUUCUCGAUUAGCCAGGGAAAUGCUCAUCAUCCGAACUUCUCGACUAUCUCCCAAAACAAUCAUGCUGCGAAGUUAUGCAUACGCUCGAAUCACGAAAUUGCAGAUGAACUAUUUACUUUGAUACGAACAAAAUUGAUAGAGGGGGAGAAUGUCUCUAUGGAAUACAAGCCCUCGCUUGUGAAAGAUUCUAUUAAAUUCUUCUAUCGCAGACACGCGUUUGGCCCAUCAGAAACUUUGGAAUUCGGUCUGUCUAUUCGCAAGUUCAUUCGAGAGAUUCUUCUAAAUAUUCGGAUUGGAGACAGGGAAGAGAAGAGCUCCUGUAUACUAGAGGCAGUUGAUGAAGCUUACUAUGAAGAAGGAUGGCGUCUCCACAGUACUGUGGAGAGCGGUCUCUCGAAUAAUGAUCGCAAUCUAGGUCAUGAUGCACAUGUUCCCCCCGAAGCCCGAUCAACGACGGCUUCUCAAUCAUUUUUUGAUCCCUCUCCCUCCUCCAGCCAAUCUUUUGUUUUCACGUCACCUUCAAGCUCUCGCUCAAAAAAUCGUCCAACAAAAGAUCACCUCUCCACCAAAGCACCAAGUCUUCAAUCCAAAAGACAACGCCCCACUUCCUCCAAACCCUACAAGUGCUACUGCAACAAACAAUUUGCCUCUCUGAAAGCUCUCCGCAAACAUUCCAACACACACAAUCCCUGUCAAUUUAUCGCCUGUCCUGAACCCUCCUGCACCCACCUAUCUCUCCGAAUAGACAGUAUAGAAGAUCAUCUCAAAACGCACCACAUUGACAUCACCCGUCUUCCUCCGUUCGAGCGUCACCAAAAACGCGAGGAGCUAAAACAAAACACCUUUCUGAUACUAGAUUGUACGCACGACCGUUGUGUUGUCGCGGAUUGUGAUCGAAGAUUUCCGAGAAAUGACCUAGAUGGUUGCAAACAGAGUUUGGCUCAUAUUCUGAGUCAUUAUAAAGAUAAGCAUAACUUGCCGACUUCUUUUAGACAUGCGUGUUCGGAUGAUGUGAUGUGCAGUGGUAAGGAGGCUUGGAGAAAUAGUGUAUAUGUUACCGGAAAACGGAUUCAAAAGCUGGAACAGCAUGGUAUUGAAGAUAUAGAUGCGGAGCUAUAA